UGUGCGACAUUGAAAUGAUGCACUUCCUUUAACGGUGCCGCUUUUUUUUCAUACUAUUUAUUAAAACUGUCGGGAGCGCAUCCGUUAUGUGUGCAUAUUUCAGUUAUUGUGCUUCCUUAUUUGUUUUGGUUAUUUUGCAUAUUCCGCACGCCAAGCGUGUUUGGGGCCAAACAGAAGAUUCUCCCACCACAUUAAAUUCGUCAUCAUCCUCCAUACCAUCUCCGACUCCUCCAUCCAGUAUUGAAAUAUUGGCUAUAUAUGUUAUACCUGGGAUUGGUAAUUCGAUCAGAGUGAUAUGGGGUGCUGAUACCGACAGAGAAAUGGGAAACUUUACUUUCGGAUUAUUUUACGGGGAAGAUGAAGGAGAGUUUAACUAUCCAAAGUUGACUACAUCCAACUUGAGCGUAAUAGUUGAAGAUCUCGAAUAUUGUACGAGAUAUAGUUUUGCUGUGACCUUGGAUGACGGUGGCGGCUUCGACAUAUCUAAAAUUAAUCCGAAUCUAGUAAGAAGUAUUGUAACUGGAAUUGAUCCUUUGGCAGCACCAACAAAUUUGACGAUCGAUUUGGAAACCCUGGAAUCUCCCUGUCUCGCAAUCAAGUGGUCAGCAGCAUGCUCAGAUGUGGUAUUUCCAGUCGGAUAUGUGCUUUCUGUUUUUGAGAAAAAUAUGUCUCGCUAUAAGAUUAUUACGUUUCCCCCCAACAAGCGGACGGAUUUAAUUUACAAGCUCGGCGUGUCUUACGGUGAUGAAUAUGAAGUUAGAGUGUCUAACAAUUUCCCUGGUGCCAAGGCCGUAGGACCUAUGAUGUACAAAGUACCGGCUUUUCUGCAGCCGUUCAAGGUCAAAGUUGCUGUCAAUGCCGAAGAAGGUGCAUUCAUGAUUUACUGGGAAGAACCGUUUGUGCCCAUACGAGUAGGAAGCUACUACUAUCAGUUUCCCAGUACCGAAGAGGAUGGGCAAACCAUAGCCCAAACAUACGAACAAAAGUGGAACUUUCUUCAUUGCUUAGGAGCCGUAGAUGGCAAGCACAUAAAUAUAAUACCACCUCCUAACAGCGGUUCUUUUUAUUGGAGUUAUAAAGCCAGACACAGUAUCGUAUUAAUGGCGAUCGCCAAUACGAAUUGUGAAUUCAUCAUGUGCGAUUGUGACACAAACGGAAGAGUAUCUGAUGGUGGCGUUAUAGAAAACACUCUAUUCUAUGAAAAGCUUAUAAGUGGAACUCUUAAAUUACCAAAUCCCUGUAAAACAAAUAAUAGUAAUGAAACAUUGCCCUACGUCUUCAUUGGAGAUGAUGCUUUCUCAUUUAGAAAUAUUUUUUUAAAACCAUUCAGCCAAAAAGAAUUGAAUAGAGAAAGAAGAAUAUUCAAUUAUAGUCUAUCCAGAGCACGCCGGGUAAUAGAAAAUGCAUUUGGAAUAAUGGUGGCCAGAUUCAGAAUCUUCCACACUGCAAUUAAUUUCAAAAUAGAAAAUAUUGAUAAAAUCGUUAUGACUUGCUGCAUUCUACAUAACAUUCUGAUUAGGAAGCGCCAUGAAAAUUACGCACCCUCAACUUGUUUUUAUUCAGAAGAUCAAGACUCAUUGAAAGUGGUUUAAAUACAAAACAGGCAUUUGAUAAUUUACAACGUGGACACAAACAGACAUGCAUCUGAAGAAGGAAAAAGAGUGCGUAAUUUAUUUAUGGCUAACUUUCAUAAUAAGGGAUCAGUACCCUGGCAACAAAACUUUGUCUAAAUCAUCUUGAAAUAAAUUUUUAAUCGC